UCUCGCGUGGUUCUCUCUACUUUUCCCCGGUCUCUCUCCGCCUCCGCCAACCCCUCCAGUCUCUCUGUCCCAGCCUGUCAGUGCCGUAGCUAGUAUCGGAGGUUAACAAUCCUCCCCUAGACCCAGAGAGCGACCCAGCCUGCCGUGAACCUGACCGAGGCUCACUCUCAGCCAUGGCGACUACUAUCGUUACCUCCACCCGCUUUACAGACGAAUACCAACUCUACGAGGAGCUCGGGAAGGGAGCGUUUUCAGUGGUGCGAAGAUGUGUGAAGAAGUCAUCAGGUCAGGAGUUCGCCGCCAAAAUCAUCAACACCAAGAAACUCUCCGCCAGAGAUCACCAGAAGCUGGAACGAGAGGCGCGUAUCUGUCGCCUGCUCAAACACUCAAACAUAGUGAGGCUACAUGACAGUAUCUCAGAGGAAGGCUUUCACUACCUUGUCUUUGACCUGGUGACAGGAGGAGAAUUGUUUGAAGACAUCGUUGCUAGGGAGUACUACAGCGAGGCCGACGCCAGUCAGUGUAUUAACCAGAUCUUGGAGAGUGUUCAACAUAUCCACCAGCAUGACAUCGUCCACAGGGACCUCAAGCCUGAGAACCUGCUCCUGGCCAGUAAGAUGAAGGGAGCAGCGGUAAAGCUGGCAGACUUUGGCCUGGCCAUCGAGGUGCAGGGAGACCAACAGGCAUGGUUCGGUUUCGCAGGCACCCCUGGUUACCUGUCCCCUGAGGUCCUGAGGAAGGACGCCUACGGCAAGCCUGUGGACAUAUGGGCCUGUGGUGUUAUUCUGUAUAUCUUGUUGGUGGGCUAUCCUCCAUUCUGGGAUGAAGACCAACACAAACUCUACCAGCAGAUCAAGGCUGGGGCCUAUGACUUUCCCUCUCCAGAGUGGGACACUGUUACUCCAGAGGCUAAGAACCUUAUUAAUCAGAUGUUGACUAUUAAUCCUUCCAAGAGAAUCACUGCUGAUCAGGCUCUCAAACAUCCAUGGAUCUGCCAACGUUCCACCGUGGCGUCGAUGAUCCACAGACAGGAGACAGUGGAAUGUCUGCGCAAGUUCAACGCUCGGAGGAAACUCAAGGGAGCGAUCCUCACCACCAUGCUGGUGUCCAGAAACUUCUCAGUGGGCCGGCAGCAUACCAACCCUGCUGCUGUGUCCUCCACCGCCUCGCUGGCGCAGGAAGCAUGCAAAAGUUUACUUAACAAGAAGGCGGAUGCUGCUAAGCCUACGACCAACAACAACAGUAAGAACAGCAUAGUGAGUGCCAUCAAUGCCAUGAAGGACAACAGCAUGGCCGCAGCACAAAUGGAAUCUCAAAAUACAGUGGUUGCUGCUGAUGGGGUCAAGGGUUCUACAGAGAGUAGCAACACAAAUGAGGAUGAGGAUAUGAAAGCAGACAGCGUUGUGAUGAUGAGUCAGGGAAGUGCUACAGACGAGAUGCCCUCUCUUCUGACCUCGUCUGACAACUCGCCUGCCACCGUUCCUCUGCAUGAUGUAAAACGCAUGGCGUGGAACGGCUCUGAUCAAGGCUCCAACCCCGAGUCGGAGCACGCUCAGUCUGCUCCGCCCCCCGCUCCACUAGGGAGCCACACUGUCCCUGUAACAGCCAGUACCACAGCACAGCACACUCGUAAGCAGGAGAUCAUCAAGAUAACUGAACAGCUGAUUGAAGCUGUGAACAAUGGAGACUUUGAGGCCUACACGAGGAUCUGUGAUCCAGGUCUGACGUCCUUUGAGCCUGAAGCUCUGGGGAACCUGGUGGAGGGAAUGGACUUCCACAAGUUCUACUUUGAAAACUUGCUGAGUAAGAACAGUAAGCCUGUCCACACCACCCUGCUGAACCCCCACGUUCAUCUGAUUGGAGAGGAGGCUGCCUGCAUCGCCUACAUCCGCCUUACACAAUUCGUCGACGGCCAGGGCCGCCCCCGCUCCAGCCAAUCGGAGGAGACCAGGGUGUGGCAUCGCCGCGACAGCAAAUGGCUCAACGUCCAUUUCCACUGCUCUGGUGCUCCGGCCGCACCGCUGCAGUGAUCUGGUGUACAAACACUCCAGUCGGAGUGUGAGUUUUUUGGGGCGUGUUUUCGGCUAGUGUGUUUUGGCGGCGUGUCCUCUUUGUGGAUUGGCCCAUGCCAGGUGCCCGGCCGGGCAAGACUGCACCCUCUCUGCAACACCAACCAAUCCCGUCUAUCCUUUGAUCCGCUGGGGGGCGGCCGAGUGUGGACUCCGCCCCUGUGGGAAUGAUGCAUGCAUCUGAUGCCCAAUAGGAGGGCUUGUCCUUUGACCUCUGACCCCUCCCACCCGGCAGCCAUUUUGUCUCCCGUCCACGGCAGCCAUUUUGAGAUGAUGAGAGGAGCGGGAGGAGGAAUGAAGGGUUAAUGAACUUGUAAUGCCAGAUAUGACAAUGAGUUGUAAGUAUACAGGAUAAUAUAUGACUAGUAUCAGACAACACCCAACCCUACCAAGCAUUUAUAUAUACGUCGAAUGAGAGGAGAGGAGAAUGUGUGUGAUUUGUAAGAGGUGACAUGUUGGGUUUUGUAAAUGGAGAAUUCCCUAGCAGAAUUCUGAACGGAAGGACAGUCGGUUCAAUCAGAAAGGAUGUAAUAACUUGAUGUGAGGAAACACCAAAGUGUACAACUGUAGGCUUUUUACACGUUUCUGUGUUUUUUGCUGGUUUAGUUUUUUUGAGAGAAGGGAAGGUAGGGGGGUGCAUUCGAGAGCGAUUUUGUUUCUGUUGUGUUUUUAGCCUUGUGUUUACGUUGCGUUUCUGUGGACUGUGUCUGAGUCUGUUUGAGACGAAUUGUAAGUGACUGAGUUUUAAAAGGGGUUUUAUUGUAAAAGUGAAGCUGCAGUGUGUCUGUCUGUUUUAUCUGUCUGCAGUGUGUAUGGUCUGUCUGUUUUAUCUGUCUGCAGUGUGUAUGGCCUGUCUGUUUAUCUGUCUGCAGUGUCUGUCUGUUUUAUCUGUCUGCAGUGUGUAUGGUCUGUCUGUUUUAUCUGUCUGCAGUGUCUGUCUGUUUUAUCUGUCUGCAGUGUGUAUGGUCUGUCUGUUUUAUCUGUCUGCAGUGUGUAUGGCCUGUCUGUUUUAUCUGUCUGCAGUGGGAGAGAGGGACUUUUGGGGAAAAGGGCGUCUGCAUUUUGCAUGUUUUCUCUCGCUCUCUCCCUUUCCUCACCCCUCUCCAUUUCACACUCCCACCCUCUGUGUGUUUUAGAUGGUGUGUAUAUUAGUCUGAGACUCAUUCAGAGGCACGACAAAGGGGUGAACAUCAUCUGGUCACCAGCCGUAGUCCCAUGGCCAUGUUCCUGACCCCAUUUUGACACAACCUCUAACGUCUACAUGUGGUUGACACCGUGUGACGAUCAACAAGGGCGCUCACGUGUCAUCACGCGCACGCCUCCCGCCCAAAUUCUUACUCUACCCUCACGUCCUGAGCCUCCAGUCCCACACGGUCUGUGUAAAUGCAUAUCGUGAACACACUUGCUCACACCUACACACUCUGGUGUGUCAGGCAUUGUAACAUAUCUUCACCGUCCCCAUGGUGAAACCCUGGUAGUGUGUUUUCAUCUGUUCUUCAUGCGGUGUCCCUCCAUCAGUAACGGUGUCCUUCAUUCUCCCCAUUUGUAGAGCGGUGUCUGUUUCUCUGUUUGAAUGUCUCUCUCUGUGUGUCUGUCUGUCCUGGUUUGGGUUUUGUUGACAAUGUUUUUGUUUACUGUUUGCUGUUUGCAAAGUUCUGCACUCUAUAAUAUAUAUAUAUAUAUAUAUAUAUGUAUAUAUAUAUAUCUCACACACACACACUAAAGUUACACCAACUUUUUAACUGAUCAGACUAGCUGGUUAUAAUAUCACAGGGAAGGAAGGGACUUAAUCAAGAUCAGUUGUUGAGGAUAAAAAUCUGUUACACACACACACAGGGAAAUUUGUAAGUCGCUCUGGAUAAGAGCGUCUGCUAAAUGACUUAAAUGUAAUGUAAAUGGGAAAAGGGAAUAGAGGGUGAACGUGGAGACAACUUAAUCAAUUAAAAUGAACAGUAAAUGUAUUCAUUUAAUUUCACCCCCUCGGUGGUAUUUCAGUCUUUAUAUUGGCCAUUCAGGUGAGAGAAGAGCGGUAGAGAGUUCAGAGAUCACAUAAUUAUCUGUGGAAUUAAACCAGAGAGAGAUGUAUGCAUGUUUUCAGUUUAAGCAUCUCCACCAUGCACCUACCUGAACUAGGGUAGAGGAUAGGGUAUAUGCUAACAAUAUCAUAUUUGCAUCUUUUGAAAUAAAAAUGAAAAACCUGCCUCCAUCCAGAAUAUUGAAUAGGUGACAUGAGAUUUAAAAACGUUUAAAAAACUAUUUAAUUACAAAAAGGAUUGCGGAGCCUUCGCUUGGUAUGAAGCUCAUUGUCAGUACUCUCCCUGCGUUGUGAUGUUAACCUGUCGGCCUGUGCUUUCUUUCCCCAGCAGUCGUUGGACGCUGGAGUUUUUUUUUGUUUUUGUUGCAUGAUCAUUAUGUACGGUAAAAUAAAACCAUGAAUUGAGGACGAUCACGUGUUUGUCUCAAUGUUAGUAGGUCCUUUAUCAUAGCUUUGUUAUUCAACUUGGAUCUUGAAAGUAUUUAAUAAAAAUAUUUCAGCACCU